AUGACAGGACAGCCAUACAACCUCUGGGUGGGAGGCCAGGAGAAGCCUGGUCAUGCAGAUCAGAUCCCGGUCGAAGACCCCGCGACAGGUGAGAUCUUUGCCAACUGUCACGCAGCGUCCCUGGAAGACGUUGAAGAAACGAUUCGUCUGGCGCACGAAACCUUCAAGGCCGGAACGUGGUCUAGAGCGCCCCGUCAUGUUCGCGCCGAUGUUCUCGACAAGACGGCUGAGCUGCUCACCGCAGACCUGCCCUCGCUGAUUCCUCUCGAGGUGCGCCAAACCGGACGCGCGAUACGCGAGAUGCGCGCUCAGGUGCCCACGUUGGUCAAGUGGUUUAAAUACUAUGCCGCCCUACUACGCACUGAAGAGCGUGCGGUACUGCCAACUGUGGGCAAGCUGCACAACUGGAUUGACCGUGUGCCGCUGGGUGUUGUGGUACAGAUCACGCCUUUUAACCACCCACUCCUGAUUGCUGUCAAGAAGAUAGCGCCCGCCCUUGCAGCGGGAAAUAGCGUUGUGGUGAAGCCGAGUGAACUGACACCGCUCACGACGCUGCUGUUGGGCAAGAUCUUGCAGAAAGCUGGUGUGCCCGACGGAGUGUUCCACGUGCUUCCUGGAUACGGCGCAACAACUGGCAAGGCCCUCGUCGAACAUCGGCUUGUUCGCAAAGUCGACGUCACUGGCGGAACUGUGGCUGGGAGAGCCAUUGGCUCGAUUGUCGGCGGCAAUCUGGCGCGGUACACGGCGGAACUGGGAGGUAAAGCGCCGCUGAUCGUCUUCGAACAGGCCGAUGUGGAUGUUGCAGUCAAUGGCAUCGCAUUCGGGUCCUUCAUUGCUAGCGGACAAACAUGCGUCGCCAGUACCAGAAUUCUUGUCCAGGAAGGGAUCAUGCAGUCAGUGUUGGAGAAGCUGAAAGCCAAGGCCGAAUCUAUUGUCCGGCGGAUGGGCUCACCGAGCAAUCAGGAAUCCAUGAUGGGCCCGCUGGUGUCGGCGAAGCAAUUGUCAAACGGAUACUACUUUGAACCGACAGUGCUGGUGUCUCGUGCCGAGGGCGACAUCCUCAAGUCACGCAUCUGGCGGGAGGAAGCGUUUGGGCCGGUGGUUGUGGUGGCGCCGUUCAAGACGGAAUCAGAGGCCAUCGCACUCGCCAAUGACAGUGAAUUCGGGUUAGGAGCGGGCAUCUGGACGCGGGACGUGGCGCAAGCGUUUCGAGUGUCUGAAGAAAUCGACGCAGGCAUCGUGUGGGUGAAUACGCACCAUCGAAACGACCCCAGCAGUCCGUGGGGUGGCGCAACGAGCGCGAGCGGUGUUGGCAGUGAGAACGGUAUCGAUGCAUACCAGGCCUACACGACGACCAAGAGCACAAUCAUCAGCUAUGCAAGCCCAGAGGAGGCGCUGGCGGCAGACGACUGGUUCCGUGAGGGCGCUGGUGACGUGCGAUACGGAUAG